CUAUAUAACAAAUAAUUUGAGCUACUUAAUGAACAGAGACCCCAUCUCGAAGACCUACUCCGCAGCCACCACACCUAUCUGCCUCACUGUCACCUCACUUUCCAUCUUACUGGUGAACGAGUUCUUCGGGUACUCUCAGUAUGUCAAACCAGUGACAAAGACCCUCGCCUCUUUCAGCUUCUUGUAUCUGGGCGUUAACUAUGGACUGGUGAACUCGGCGCAGGGCAACUACGUCUUUAUAGGACUAGUGCUGUCAGCCAUCGGUGACGUCAUGCUCCUCUCCCUCAAGCCACAUUUCUUCCAGAUAGGAGCUUUCUUCUUCCUGCUCGCCCACCUCAUGUAUUGCGGCGCUUUUAUCACGACAGGGAUCUCCAUAAAGUGGUUUCUGAUGAGCAUAGUGGUGGUUGGGCCAGCUGCUAUCAUUGUAUACAAAUACGUGCUACCCUACACUACGGGUCUGAUGAGGAAGCUAGUGAUAACCUACUCCAUUGCUAUCUCCUGGAUGAUGGCUUUUGCUAGUGGCAGUUAUGGGUACAGCGGUAAGACGUGGCUCCUCGCUGCAGCUUUCCUCUUCUACGUAUCGGACCUGUUUGUUGCGAGGCAACGCUUUAUCAAGCGCUGUUUCCUAAACUCCCUCUGCGGACUCACUCUUUACUACGCUGCACAGCUCAUGUUUGCUAUUUCACCUGCCAUUGAUUUUUAAUGUGCAAACUGUGGUUUGGAAGAUGGACUGUAUGUUAUUUCUAACAACAUUUCUUAUUGUUAGAAGUAAUGUUUUAUAUAAAACAUGGUUGUUUUAUCAUUGGUUUUGUGGAACUCUUCAGCCCGCGACCCUUUUGAGAGCCAUCCCAGUGUUUAAACGUGUUUAACUCAUUAUCAUAAUCUGGAAGUUUGAAUUUUAGAGCAUAAAAAAUUGCUUUUUAAUAUAUUUUAUUAUCAUGAUGUUAUAUCGCUUUUAUAGGAAGUUUGAAUCAUCAGCAACACUAAAAACUAAAACAUUUUCUAACUAUCUCGGCCAACUCAAUUCACUCAAAACUAUUAAUACAGAUUGAUAGAUAACAAGUCAUUAUCAGCUGCUUCCUUGCAAUGUUAAGUUAACGUCCAGGAUAUAUUCUCUUGUUCACAAACAGUGUUUAUUUUUGUAUAUAUUAUUGUGAUUGCCUCAAGCAAAGCCUGCUUUAUUUGUACGUGAAUGAUUUAUUUGUAUAACUUUUGAAAUAUCAUAUUCGCAAAUGAAAUGGUCCUCUGAUAAUUUCACUAAAAUCACCACUUCUUCCAUCUCAAACGCAUCUGCCAGCACUAAUGGUUUUCUGUAUAAAAUAUGAGCGAUUCGUUCAAUUGGCUCGAAUGUGGCACCAUUUUUAAAUCACUUAAAGGAUAAUUUACUGCUACUGCCAAACCAGAAGAAUUGGUAACCACAAAUCUAUAAAUUUAAAAUGACGUAUGUUUCAGCACUGCUUUUAAGUAACCACUUCAAAUCAUUUCGUCAAGCGAAUCUCAUUUCGGCAAAAUUUUCCGAUUUUAAUUAAACCAGUCCAUCGAUUAUGACAUUAAGCUGUUGAGGUGUCGGCAACUAGGGGUUUUCCCCAGAAAUUCAGGAUUGGAUAAUGGCCACUUUUAAAGUAACAGCAUCACGCACCAUUCUGGAGAAAUCGAGCGGUAAAUGGUUAAAUCAUACGGAAGGUUGAAGUUCGUUAGAAAAAUAUUUUAAGUUUGUGGAAGCUUGUCAUUAAUGGAUUUUGAUGCAGGCGAAUAUAAUACAUAUUACAUUCAUUAAUAUAGUGCAAUAUCGGGGGAGUUCUUAGAGAUUGAUUUUGAAAAUUGGAGUAUCGGCCCAAGAAUUAUCAACUUUGAUAUUUUGGAUGUAUUUAGUUAUUUGAAAAACCUUCUGCACUAUGUAUAUUUAAUCAUGAUAACUCCAAUUAUUGGAUUAUUCGUCUGUGUUUACCGAUUUAUCUUUAACUUUUUAAA